AUGAAGAAUAUAUUGGCAGAUGAUUUACAAGCAUCUAAGAAGAAGAGAACUGCUUCUGAUGUUAUAGAUUUACUCCGAAUGGAAUAUGGAGUUGACCUCACGUAUAGUCAGGCAUACCACAGUUUACAAUUCACUAAGCGAUUUAUUUGGGGUGAUGACAUGAAUUCUUAUUCAUACUUUGUUUGGUAUAAAGAUGCCAUUGAACAUUACAAUCCUGGAAGCGUCGUGAAUUUUGAGUAUGAUAGUGGGACGCGUCGGUUCAAAAGGUUUUUCGUGGCUUUUGAAGCUUCUAUAACUGGUUUCAACAAUUACUGCCGUCCGAUGCUAUUUAUCGAUUGUAAUUUUCUCACUGGGAAGUUCAAAGGUGGUCUUAUGGUUGCUUGCGGAAAAACUGGUAACCAAGAGAUCUAUCCAGUUGCAUUUGGAAUUGUAGAAUGUGAAAAUUGUGAGAGUUGGCAAUGGUUCUUAACCAAUUUGAAGGGUAUUAUUCGUGAAGAUUGUCCACUGACCAUCAUAUCAGAUCGUGGAAUCAGCCUUUUGAAGCAUGUGCAUGAAGUAUUCCCAAAUGCUUUCCAUUCUUUCUGUUUGUACCAUAUGAAAGGAAAUAUUCAUGUUCCAAAGGGCAGGAGUAGACAAACCGCAAUCAAGUUAUUCGAAGAGUGCUACAUUGCAUUAACAAAGGAAAUUUUUUAUGCUGCUGCGAAGAGAGAAAGGUGGGGUGAGAACACAUCUAAUAUUGCUGAGAGUUUUAACAACGUCAUUAAGCAUGAUACGCCGCUUCCAGCACUUGAUCUUGUUGAUGUUAUUCGUGCUAAGGUAAUGGAGCAGAAUUACAAGAGGUUAGUGGAGUCUAACAAGUGGACUACAAGGCUCACUCCUCGUAUGCAAUCAAGGUUUAACAAGAGGAUAAACCGUUCAUACAAGUUUCGGAGAUCAAGUGAGAAGGUAUUUGAGAUCAUUUAUCCAAUGUCGACUUGGAUUCUAGAACUUGUAGCUGCAAAAUGGUGGCAAAAACAUAGCUUUCCUUGCACUCAUGCAAUGAAAGCAAUGUUGCAGAUUGGAAUGAUGAACCGUACAACUAUAUUAGCCCUUACCAUACUUCUGACUACUAUAGAAGGUUGUACUCUCGACCCAUAUAUCCUAUUACGGACUCUGAGAAGCCACCUGGAAUUAAUGAAAAGGGGUAAAUUUUGCCUCCCAAUGAUGGUCGGGAACAACGUGAAAGGCCUGAAGGUGUUAGGUACAGGGGUUCUCGUGAAAAAGUGCGCAAGAAGAGGAAGUGUGGCCAGUGUGGGAUGCUGA